AUGGAAUGCACUUGGAUACAUUUGUCCGGCUACGAUGGCCAAAGGUGUAUCAACUACCUUCUAGGGAUGUCCUUUCUUCGGAUUCCAGGAUCCGCUUCGGUCAGUCCAAGUCCAUUGCAUCUCAAAGCUCCUCCAGAUCUCGUCAUGCAUGAUUUGGUUCAUGAUCUUGCAUCAAUAAUUGCUGCUGAUGAAUUUAUUGAUCUGGAUGCUACCAAAAGCACCAGCUGGAACAAAGCUCGUUACUGCCGACAUGCACAGUUAACCAACUUUAAGAAUGAUCCCAAGGUUUUCAAAUAUAUUCCACGCAAGCUUAGGUCCCUCCACUUCAGGGAUUUGGGGGUACUGCAACUCCCGAAAAAGGCAUUUUCUCGAUCCAAGUACUUACGUGUCUUGGACCUAAGUGGGCAUUCAGCUAAAGGCCAAUCUGCUCCAAGGAGUGUGGUGCUGCCAUCUUCAAUUAAUCAAUUGAAGCUAAUUAGGUAUAUUGAUGCCACAGGCUUGCCAAUAAAAUCACUUCCUAAGCAUUUUCAUGCACUUCAAAACAUGGAAACUCUUAUUCUGUCCAAUUCCUUGCUUCAAACCUUGCCUGACAGUAUUUGUCGCCUCAACAAACUUUGCUAUUUGGACCUAUCUUUCAGUAGCAGCCUCAGUAAGCUACCUGCACCGCUAGGAGAACUCUCUCAACUCUUUUUUCUCAAUCUAUCCGGGUGUUGUACACUGCAAGAAUUGCCUGAAUCAAUUUGCAAGCUUAAAUGCUUGCAUCACCUAGAUAUGUCAGGCUGUUGUGGUCUUCAAAAGCUCCCUGAUGAAUUUGGUAGCCUUCUUAAACUCUCAUUCUUAAACUUGUCGAGUUGUUCAAAGCUCACCAAACUACCUGACAAUGUUAGCUUUCCAUGCUUAGAACAUCUGAACCUAUCAAGUUGCCAUGAGCUAGAAAACCUGCCAACUGAUUUCGGCCACAUUCGGAAACUUGAGUUCCUGAACCUCUCUGGUUGCUACAAGGUUUCAAUGCUGCCAGGAUCAUUCUGCCAACUUAAUCACUUGAAAUACCUAGAUCUUUCAGAUUGUCAUAACCUUGAAGAACUCCCUGAAUGUUUUGAUCACCUCUAUGAGCUUCAAUAUUUGAACCUAACAAAUUGUCCUAAGAUCCAACAAUUGCCUGAGUCGCUAUGCAAGUUGUUUAAGUUGAGGUGUCUCUAUUUGUCAUACUGUCUAGGGCUCAGUGAGCUCCCCUCCUCAUUUGGUGACCUUAAGCUUCAAAUACUGCACAUGAAUGGCCUUCCAAAAAUGUAUAACUGCCCUGAUAGCAUUGGCGACAUGACUAGUCUCACCCAGUUGGUGGUUGACAGUGCAACUUCUAAUUUGCUUGAAAAGGUUCUAGCCAUUCGAAAGCGUCUAAAUCUUGUGGGCACAAUAGUGCAUCAGGUACAUGAGAUAGAGAGUAGAGGAUGCAGCAGUAUAGUGGAUCUUGCAGGAUUGACUUGUUCAGAUCUGUUACUUAGAGGCCUUCAGAAUGUCAAGCGUCCAGAAGAUGCAGACAGAGUCAAACUGCGUGAUAAAUCAGAUAUUCGAGCACUAAAACUUCAGUGGGAAAGUGAAGGAGCUGAAUCUGUGCUGGACAGGCUCAUACCUCCUCGGACUCUUGAAAACUUUUGGUUACUUGGGUAUAGGAGCAAGGAUUUCCCUGACUGGAUGUUGCACAUCUCGUCCUACCUCCCUUUUCUCAGUGAACUGACCCUUCAUGGUUUGGAAGCAUGUGAUUGUCUUCCUCCAUUCGGGGCACUGCCAAAUUUAAGAAGGCUGUGUGUGAGGAACAUUCCCAACAUUAGGAAAGUCGGUAAGGAAUUCUACGGAGAUGGCAGAACUUGUAUGAAACUAAGAGUGCUGAUAUUGGUGUCGAUGGAGAAUUUGGUGGAAUGGUGGACAACAGAGUCAAGUACAGAAAACGAAGAGUUUCUUAUCCCUAAUUUGCAUCUUUUGGAGGUACUGGACUGCCCAAGGUUGAAGUUUCUACCAUAUCCCCCAAGAAGUAUGAUUUGGGCUUUGAGCAACAGCGAGACAGUUUUGCCAGAACGGGGAUUUGGAAAACUCUCGUCUUCCGUUCGCCCUUCUAAGGUGAUUCUAAAGCAUUGUAGUUUCACUGAAGACAAGUGGGAUAGACUUCAAUACUUUCCUUCACUUGAGAUAUUUCAUUUAGACUCCGUCAGUGGUUUCCGGACUUUGUCAGAGGUCAUCCUAUGCUUCACCUCUCUCACUGGACUACAUUUAUGGUCGUUGAAGGACCUGGAGACACUCCCGACAUGGUUAGGCCACCUGGGUUCGCUACAAGUCUUUGACAUCCGAGAUUGUUGCAAUGUGACAUCUUUGCCUGAAAGCAUGAAGAACCUUGCCGCUCUUAAAAAACUGAAGUUAAAAAAGUGCAAAGGCCUGGAGAUGCUGCCGGAAUGGUUGGGACAGUUAAGUUCUCUAGAAGAAAUUUUAAUCGACGAUUGCCCCAAACUAACAUCUUUGCCUGAAAGCAUGAAGGACCUCAUCGCUCUUACGGAUCUGACGUUGUUAGGGUGCAAUGGCCUGGAGAUGUUACCGGAAUGGUUGGGACAGUUGACUUGCCUAGAAGAACUUAUCAUCGGCCUUUCUCCCAACCUGACAUAUUUGCCUGAAAGCAUACGGAAUCUCUCUGCUUUGAAGGUACUCAAAAUUGUUGCAUGUCCAAGUCUAGUUGCCAGGUGCGAAGGGGAGAAUGCCCACAAGAUUCGUCACAUCCCCAGAGUCGAAUUCUGGCGUCCAAGGAGUUAA